AUAUGCCUGUAGGGACAUGAUCAUAUUUCACUUUUCCCAUGCAGUUAGAAUUCUUAUAGGUUUAUAAAGUUGUAUGUAAGUUUGCCUUCUCUUUACAUUCAUAAAUGGUUAAAGUUCAAAUGAGUUACAAAUCAACUAAAAAUCUAUUGACAAGCAGUGAAAGGGAGAGUAUCCAGUCUCUAUGAAGACAUUCAGCAUUGAAUUCUCUUUCCUGUACCUUUAAUACAGAAAUUCAAACUAUGUUAACCUAGAUUCAGAAAAGCAAAACCUCCCAAGAUGGUAAUUUGCAGAUUAGCUUUCAAUAUUGAAAAAAAAUCUUUGUCUAGUGAGAAUUUCAUUGAUCUUUAGGGUAUUUUAAGAAACUUAGAUAUGGAUAUCUAGAGGAUCAUGAUAAUUGAGGUUGACAUUUUGAGUUGUCACAGAGUAAUUAAUGUUACUGAACAGUUAUUGUUGUAUGUAAGUUUAAGCUUUAAACAGAAGCAUGAUUGGUGGCUCCAACAAUACAAUCACAAUGUUUUAGCUAACUUUAUUAUCUGACUCAGUCUCCCAAGUUCUAUAUUGGCUCCAUAAAACUUGAACUUUUUAUAUCCAAAAUUGGUGCCAAUACUUUAAUUUGUCUCUUGGUCCUUGUAAUCUGAUCAUUAUUUGUCGUGGUGUUGCAUUUAAUUCUUGAAGGAUGCUGUUAAAAAUUGCACUAAAUCUUUUGUAAUUCUGUGGUAUUUAAAAUCAGUGGGAAGCUGCUAUGUGCUAGUCAGUUCUCCUGAGAAUUCUCACUGAAUGCCAUUAUAGAAUGAAGCAUGCUUUUUCCCCAGCUUCUAUUCCAUUUAUUGAUUUGAACUCUCUUUAAGUCUAAUUUAUUUAGAAGGAGGAGAAAAAGACAUUUUUUUUCAAAGAUGGAUAGUUACCAUUAAGAACAAAAAGAAAUGCCAGGGGAAAAUGCGUUGACAGAAUAUUUUGCUUAUCGGUGCCUCCUUUGAUAAUGAUGAACUUGAUAGUCUGAUUGUAAUGGACAAAUAUGAAGAUAUGCUUUGGAUCUCAAAGGCUCUAGAAGCAUCAUUAAGGAUGAAAAACUAAUCAGACACUUCAUGUUUUCUGUGUAUAUGAGCUCAAAUCUCUGCUGUUGUCGGUCAGUGGCGAAGAGUGAUUUCUGGUGUUGUAAUUGAUUGGAUUAUUGACAAAAGUUUUGGGAUCUUUCUGCUCGCUGAAUACCAAACAAAAGGCAUUUGUUCUAGGAACUCAAUUAUGAUAAAAGUCUGUAGUGCAAAGAAAUUUAUGUGAAAGAAUUCAAUAGGACUGUACCAAAAGAUGUAGAUGAAGAAUAGAUAGAACUUGUAGUUUAUUGGUUGAUGCUGAACAAAAGUUCUAGACUAAUAGAAUUUUUAGCAAUUCAUACUUCUCUGUGCUAAUUUAAUAUAAUGGAAUCAUAUCUGCUGCAUUGCUAAAUAUGGAGUGUUUUGGUAUGUAAUAUUAGAUCUGAAUACUCGAGCGAUAUUUCUCACUUUGGGAGAUGACAAGUUGAGCAAGUCUACAGUCAAAGGUGAAGAAGCGCAUUACCAGAGGACAGAGUUUCCAUUGAAUUGAGUUCCACUGGGAGCAUUCUCUCUACGAUUGCUUAAUCUAGUUCUAAAUGCAAUAAUACUGAAACUUGGAAAAGUAUUGAUGGUGUCGGGGCACUGUGUGUCAGACGCUGAUGGAAAAUAACAUCAGCUUUUUUAUGGAGGCCGAAAAUGGGUAGGGAAAUAAAAUAAGCAAAUGAUACAUCUCUCUGUUGGCUGCAAAAACUCAGUAAAACACAGAAAGUGAUGCUCUGUGAUUCUUAAUGAUUGAACGAUUAAUAUUUCAUGGGGACUGUCUCUUACAAGGGAAAAUAGUCAAAUAUCGUGCAGACUGCAGUGUUGGAACUGGCUGGUCUUGCUUUUAUCUGUUGGAUGAGAGAAGUGGGAUGUUUUUCACAAGGAUUUGAAGGAGACACCAAUGAUAAAUAAUAUACGUAACAAAUUUGUUUCCCUAGCAUUGGUAGAUGUCCAGAUACAGCUGAUGUGUAUUUAGCUGUAUAUAUAGUUCCACUGAUGGAAGUUAAACAUUGACAGUGUACAGUUUUAAAAAUGAUUUGCAGAAGGAAGGUUUUAGUUGUACUUUUAUUGACAUUCUGUGUUGGGGCUAAGGGGUGCUAUGUUUAUCCUGAGGGUAAGACAGACCCCUGCCAGAAUAAGACAUGCCAUUUUUAUGGUAGAUGUAUUCCAUCAGAUAAUGGAAAGAGUUGGCAGUGCAUAUGUCCUCAGUAUUGCUAUGACUAUGGAGAUAAUGUGGAUAAUAAGCCAGUUUGUGGAAGCAAUAACGUGGAGUACCCCAAUCUCUGCUCAUUUCAAAAGGCUGCGUGUGAGAAUCAGAGAAAUAUGACGUAUACUUAUGGAAAGUGUGAUCUGUGUAAGGAUCUCCCCUGUACCCCGCCCCAGGUGUGUGUGAUUGACCCCAGCACCCAGCGGCCGACCUGUGGGUGUGUCCAGUCCUGUGAGGACAGGAUGGAGCAGGUUUGUGGCACGGACGGAAACCUGUACAGCAACCGGUGCAAGCUGGACCUCCACGCCUGCCACAGUGGACGGAACAUCAAUGUCCAGAAUGAGGGACCCUGCCAAGAUUAUAGAAAGCCAACUGGUGAUAGCAGUGAAUUUAAACGUGAGGAAGGUCCUUGUGCCUCUAAGACCUGUUAUUAUGGAUCGUGCCGGAUUGACAACCGGAACCAGGCGGUCUGUGACUGUGAACCAGAGUGUCCAAGCACUGGUACCGUACAGGUUUGUGGGACUGACGAAGUGACCUAUAACAGUGAAUGUCACCUAAGGAAGGCCUCCUGCAAACAGGGACUGUUCAUCAUAAAGCAAAAUGAAGGAGCAUGUGCCACAAGUUCAUCAUGUAGAACCAAGCAAUGUGCACCAAAUGAGAGGUGUGUGGAAGAAAAUGGCAUUCCCCAGUGUAUUAGGAACCCAUGUAAAGAUUGCCAAGGAGAGAGGUUCAAUCCUGUCUGUGGCAGCAAUGAUAUGUCAUAUGAUAACCUGUGUGAGUUAGAGAAAGCCAACUGUACAUCAGGACAGACUGCAAUCAAGUUACAGAUGUAUGGAUUCUGUGCUGAUGAUGGGUGUGGAAAAACCAAGGGGGACUGUGAGUAUUAUGGAGUCUGUGACAGGAGUCGCCCCAACCAUCAGUGUGUGUGCCCUACAGACUGCAGGAGGACAAAUAUAAGGAUUUGCGGUAGUGACAGUGUGACUUAUAGGGACGAGUGCGAGAUGAAGAUAAAGUCCUGUCAGGAGAGGAGGACUAUUUCUGUUACGUCGGUCGGAGAAUGCGUAACAUGUAAAGAGCCCUGUCUGUUUUACUCAACGUGUUCGUACGGCCGUUGUGAGUGUGAUGCUGUGUGCCCCUCUGGGGGGCCCCCUGUCUGCACCAGUGAUGGACAGAGAUUCAACAACGACUGCGAGAGGAAGAAAAAUGUCUGCGAGAAGAAGCGGGACUUGACUGUCGUACCAUGUGAGCAGAUUGGUUGUAGCUCUGACUAUGACUGCACUCACCAUGGACAAUGCCGAUCUGGUGUUUGUAGUUGUGACUUCUACUGCCCAGCUGAGAAUAGGAAAGUUUGUACCUCUAAUGGGAAGGAGUUUGACAGUGAAUGUGAAGUGAAGAAACACAUGUGUGAGACUAAGGAAUGGAUUCCCUUCAUGACCGGAGAGUGCCUCAGAGAAGGUUCUGGAUCAGGGGCCUCUGGGGAUGGCUUUGAGGGGUCAGGAGAGGAGCAGUUUUCCCGACUGUUACUGUGUGAUGACAGUCUCUGUCCAUUCGGAGGAUUGUGUAUUCCUAGUCCUGAUGGAUCUCAUUUCUGCUCAUGUGACUUUGGCUGUAUUGCUGUACUUGACCCAGUGUGUGGUUCCGAUGGCCGUAACUAUGGAAACCAUUGUGAAAUGCAGGAAGCAGCUUGUAAAGCCAACAAGUCCAUAGUUGAAGUGGAUGCUGAAAACUGUGACAGUGAUCUGGUGGAUGAAGCUUGUGAUGGGAAUAAAGCUUUGCUGAAUCCAGUAACCGGUCAAGACUAUAACUGUUCCCAGGAAACCUGUCCCCCGAACAGCUACUGCCACCUACCAUAUGGGAAGUGUUGUAAGGAAGAAAAAUCCAACACUGGUUGCUCGGAUACAAUCUAUGGCUGUUGUCCAGACCAAGUUACCAUAGCAACAGGUCCUAACAAUGAAGGAUGUUCUUUGAACUGUGACUGCUACAAGGCUGGCUCCCGGCAGAUGACCUGUGACCCCAAAAACAAGGCGUGUGACUGUCUCCCCGGGGUGGGUGGUCUGAAGUGUGACAAAUGUAAGCCUGGCUACUGGGGCCUGAACCCUGAGACUCGCAGUAACUACACGCCAGGAUGUGCCAGUUGCAACUGUGAUCAGUUUGGUGCAAAUCGCACAGAUUGUCACCAAGAUAAUGGCAAAUGUCUGUGUAACAAUGGGGUCAAAGGUCACCAUUGUGAGGUUUGUGAAGCAGACGAUUCUCCUGUGUCCUUUGAUGUGUGUGGAACAAAAGUGAAAAGUCAGCACAAUGUAGGACCGCGUUGUGACAGAAGUUCGGGCCAUCAGUGUAGGUUUGGGGCGUACUGUGUGGACACACACACUUCGAGAGGAGCUGAGUGUCACUGUGACAGACUGAGCUGCCUCCUCAAUCAAAGGGACAAAUAUUCCGGAUAUUCCAUCUGUGGAUCGGAUGAAAAAACCUACAUCAGUCAAUGCCACAUGGACUUUGAGAGCUGUAUUCAGCAGAAGAAGAUCACCCUCUAUUACAAUGGGCCAUGCACAAGCAGAGCCACGAGUCAUCCUUCCUCUUAUACUCGAACUCGAAAGACAACAUGGAAAAGGCUUACUGGUGGUGAUUAUACACAGCGAACUACUACCAGAACAACGAAGCGACCGCUGGUCAGAGGAGGUAAAAUCAAAGAGAUCUGUUAUGACAACUAUUACUGUAUGGCCAACAACAGUGAGUGCUACCGUGGGGUGUGUCGAUGUAAAGAGGGCUUCAUCACCACACUGGACAACACAGACUGUAGAAAGGUGACAGUGGUGACCCCAGACAGCAAGAUUUACAGCAAUCCUUGCUCUGACAGCCCCUGUCUAAACAAUGGUGUCUGUGAGCUGGACAAGUCCCUGGGCUACCGCUGUCUCUGUCCCCUACAGAAAGCUGGCUCCAUCUGCCAUCAAGCUGCAAAGUUCACUGUGCCGUCAUUUACCGGGGACAAAUCCUAUCUGCAGUUAAGGCAGAAAACCAAACCAAAUGAUGACCUGAUGUUUGCAAUUCAAUUAAAGAUUCUAAAUGAUGAUGGAAUUGUCACCUUUGCCAGUCAGUAUCCUAAUGGAACAGGGGACUUCAUAGCUGUCACUGUUGUUAAUGGAUACUUGGAAUUCAGGUAUGAUUUGGGGAGCGGAAUGGCUCUAAUUCGAAGCAAGGACCAGCUCAAGAAGAACACUUACCACAAAGUGCUGGUGAACAGAAUGGGGCGCUCCGGUCAGUUACAGGUGGACAACAGCCCGGUGUGGUCAGGGGAGAGUCAGGGGACACUAACCUCCCUGGACUUAGAGGAGUUCCUGUAUCUGGGGAACGUCCCAGAGGAGGCUAAAGAGGCAAAGAAAAGACUUGGUCUAGAUGUAGGCCUGGCAGGGUGCAUCAACUCGUUUGCCGCUGGGAGCACGGUGUCUCCAGAUGAAUACAGCCUGGCGUACUCCCCCCAGAACAUGGACCUGGUAGGGGGGCUGGAUAUCUGGGAGUGUGGUACUAACCCUUGCUCCUCCAUCCCCUGUCAGAACGGAGGGGACUGCUUUAUGUCAGACAGAGAGGUGUACCACUGUGUCUGUGAGGACGGGUUUACAGGCACUCACUGUGAGGUGGUGUUGGACCCAUGCCGGAAGUCUCUGUGUAAGGAGGGAUCCACAUGUGUGAGGACAGAUGAUGGGGGAUUUGUCUGUCAGUGUCCGGAGAACACGGAGGGCGAGUUCUGUGAACACGAGAAACUGGAGAAGAUAAUGGUGCCCAAGUUUAACGGCUCGUCCCUGAUCAUUCUCCCGCUGGAGGAGGUCAUAGGUCACUCAAUGUCCUUCAGAAUCUGGUUCAAAUCAACAAAAUCGGAUGGGAUGCUGCUAUUAGCGAGUCAGUAUCCACAGGGGUAUGGAGACUACAUCUCUCUCAACCUCAUAAACAGACAUCUGGAGUUCAGGUUCAAUGAGGGGACGGGGACCGUGGUGAUCAGGAGCACAAAGACAAUAGAUCUGAACAAGUGGCAUGAUGUACUCAUCCAGAAAGUGGACCGCACUGGGACUCUACAGAUAGACAACAACGAUAACUGGUUAUACAGCGGGACAUCAGAGGGAGGUCUUACCGAGCUGAAUAUAUCUGGCAGUAAACUCUUUUUGGGUGGUGUCAACACAGCAGUCCCCAGUGACUCAAAGAUUGUGGCCAACUUUACUGGUAUCAUGCAAAGGAUUUACAUUAAUGGACAUUUGUACGACAACCUGAUCCCCUCGGCCUCUUCCAGUGUCAACAUAAUGGAGGAUGAUGGGCCCCCUUGUAACAUUAACCCCUGUCUGAACUGGGGCGUGUGUGUCCCUCGACUAGACCAAGCCGACUGUAAAUGCCCUACUAAAUACAUUGGGACUAGAUGUGAAAAAAUGGCUGAUCCCAAAAACAGAGAGUUACCUGUGGAAUUUGAUGGCCAGACUUUCUUACAGUACCCCAAUGAAAUCACAGUGCCACGAACAGCCCAGAGGGUGAACAGAUACAGCAUAAGGUUCAGGACCCGGUCCCCAGGGGGCCUCAUCUUGUUCCAGAACGGGCGGAGCAGCAUCCUGGGUGACUACCUGGCCCUAGCAGUGGUGGGGGGAAAGGUGGAACUCAGCUAUAACCUGGGCAAACAGACCGAGGAAGAUCUCCACAUCAUCCGCUCCUCUAUGCGGGUGGAUGACGGAGAAUGGCAUCGCAUCAUAGCUCUAAGAAAUGAAAGAGAAGGAAGUUUACAGGUGGAUGAAGAAGUGCCUGUUGUGGAUCACUCCACUCUUGGAGCAGAUCAACUAGACACUAAUGGCAGACUUUGGAUUGGUGGGAAAACGGAGAGUGAGCUCCCCCUGGGUCUCCCCAAGGACUACUACACAGGAUUCGUUGGCUGUAUGAGAGACAUUCUGGUAGACUACAAGCCACUCAAUCUGCUGGAGAACAGAAACGGGCAGAGUACCAGUGUAAUCAGAUAUUGUGGAGAAUCAUAGCAGACAAGGGGGACCAGUCAUCUAAUUGUUAUCUUCAAUUAACAUGUAUUUAUUAUUUACUGGGGAAGAUACAUUAUAAAUUUAGUAUUGUGGUCUGCCAUUCAAGCAUUCAGUAUGGCUUGUUUUUGCUCUUAUUCCAAUCUCUGACCAUGUACUUGUUUUAGUGAUAACUAAGAUAUACACAUUUAUAUAUGCUUUUGUGCGUUGAAAUUGUCUAUUUUAAACCCUAGACAAUUUGCAAAACAACACCAAUGUAUCACUCUUGCAAUGUAUAGAAUUGCUGACGUGUUGAUAGCAACAGUAGAAGACUGUUGUGUAACAAAUUCUCUCCACCUGGAAGAAUUCAGUAAAUUUUUGAUGGGUCUUCAAAUUUCGAUACUUGAUAGAGUAUUCAUUUGCCAGCAUGAUCAGCUGAUAAGUUAGAAGGGAUCUAUGUAUGAGUGAUGAUUUGUUUUAACCUAUCAAAAGAACUUGAUCUAACUACUGGCCACAAUACCUCAGGAGAAACUGAAAGCAAAAAUGUCAUAAGAAAAAAUCACAUCAUACAAUGCCACAAAGGAAGAUAAUUUGGUGAAUGAGAAAUAAUAUUAUACUGUGGACAUAAGUUAUAGAAUGUUACACCAUUUGUUAAGUUGACUCAUUUUUCCGCAUUUGCCUAUUGCGUGACUACCAUGUGUGCAUGCUACAUUUUGACACAGUGUCGUAAUAUAGGAUUCAAUCAUUUUUAGCCUAUGUGUAGAUUGUGCUAUUUUAUGUACAUGAGGUCUUAUUAUUGGUAGAAUUGAUUUUAUGUGCCAAUGGUGUGUGUACCUUUUUUGAUAAAGACAAGUUCAUGUAAGAACUUUUAUUAAUGUUAAUAUGUAUAACAAGUUUGUCUCUUUAUAUCUCAGGAGUUGAGACAUGAUCUUGUCAUUUCCAGUGUAAAUGUUCCAGAUUAUCUCAUUGGUUUUAAACACCCUUGAAAUGAGUAUGAUAUUUGUUGAAAUAAAUUUGUAUAACUGUU